AUGUAUUCAAAUAUGAAAAUGGAAAAUUAUUUUGAACAAGUGUUAAAACAACAACACCUAGUUAACGAUGAUUUAAUUGGCUUUUCUGAGUACUUAGACCGAUUACUAGAAUUAAAAGAUUCCUAUGAACCGCCAUCAAUUAGGAAGGAUAUUGAUCAAUCACCACUUAUGAAUGUAUUCGGUUUAAAACGUUCCACGGUGAAGCCUUCUUUUUUAUUUUCUCAUACUCCAGAUAUUAAACGACUUUCAGAAUUUAAAAACUACUACGUUGAAAAAACAUUCAACAGACAACCUGCUUUCAAAGCUUCUUUUAGAAACAAGAACAGGGAUAUUAAUAAUGAUCAUUCAUUUAUUGAAAAGUUGGAAUUGUUAUUUGGCGAGAAUGAAAAGUAUUUGGAUAAAUUGACUGAUUUGAAAACUCUCUAUCACAUAAAGCAACUCAUUUCAAAAUAUGAAAGGAAAAAUCAAUUACAAAGUAAUGAGGAUUUUAAUAUUUAUAAUAGGAAGGACAAUAGUUUCAAUUCUUCUUCAUUUUAUCAUCAACCAAACAAGUCACUCACUGAAGAGAGUUCAACUAUUAUUCAUAGACUGAUUUUAACAAGUGAACUAUUUUCGCCCUACGAAUUUUCAAGUGAUACUAACCAAAGUGCUGCUUUGAAAUCAUUUCAGAUAGUUUUACAUGGUAGCUCUAAAAUAUUGAAGAAGAGGCUAUCCUCUCUACCAAUGUAUAAUGAUAUUUAUUCAUCCCUCAUUGAACAAUGCGAUAAAAGAUUCUCAACACUGAGAAGGGAAAUAUUUCCUCAACCACCUGACAGGUCAAUCCCAACCAAGGAAAUAUCUAUGGAACAAAUAGAAUGGUUGAGUACAAAAUAUUUACCAAAUAUUUUCAGACAUAGAGUUGAUUGGGAAAAUAGUCUCACAAAGAGAUCAGAGCUGAUUUACAAACUCUUGUCCUAUUUUUCAAAACAACCUGAUCAAACAAACAAGGAUUGGAGUUCUAUAAUUUGCUCCCAAUACCCUGUUAUGGUAAAAAGAAAUGGGCAAUAUAUGUUGAUUUUCGGUAUUCGUUGGAAGCCAUUCACAAAUAUUAACAAUACAAUUCAAUCUCUCAGGGAAAAGGGUUUAUAUGGUUUGGAAUUUAAUACAGAGCACUUCAACAACUUUCCAUACUUUUUCAGGGAUGGGAAAGAGUGUAUUCCAACAGAAAGGCCAAAUGUUACAUCAUCAACCCUUUUGAGAGAUUUUAAAAAACAAUUGAAAACUCAAAUAAUAGACAGAUCAGGAACAAACAAAUACUCUUUUCCAAAACAUCCACCAUUCAGACAUUGGGUAUUCGAUUUCUUCUUUAAUCAGAAUAAAACGGCAAGAAAAUUCAAUACCAAACAAGAGGACACUAAUCUAUUGCAAGAUAACUUGACUCUAAUGUCCAGAUUUUUGAAUUUGAAAUGGAAGAGGCCUUUAGCAUACGUUCAAGUUAUGACCCCUUCUACAAGAUUGGUCAUUUCCAAAUUGGUGAAAACCUAUUUCCACCCCUUACACCAAGUUUUACAACACGAACAUGGCUCCCCAACUAUUCCAUCAAAAUUGGUCAAUACUAUCAUCCCAUUCCAAUCUAGAGUUAGCACUUUUGCGAUAAAGCUGCUGGAAGUCACUCCUUCCCAGAACAACAAUAAUCAGGAAGACACUUUGGUAGAUACUGUAAAGACCUUCAUUGGAAAGUACAAACACGAUGUACACAGAUGCGAAAAGCAACUGUCAAAUCGCUUGUUGUUUUUAUUCUUGACUGAAUGCGCUAUGAGAAAUAUCAUUACUACAGAUAAUGUUCUCCCCAAGUUAGCUCUCAUAUUUAAGAAACAUGUGCAUGACAACGAUACUUGUCUAUUACCAUGUGUUGAUAUUUCUUUCCAAUACGAUCUAGAGAAGAAGAGGAAAAAGAAUGGUCAGUUCACUACAAGAGAUUACAAAAGUUAG